UCAGGAUCAUUAGUCAAUGUGGCCCAGUAUAGGUUGACUAUUAGCAUAUGUCUGUGCUGUGGGAUUGCCCAUGUUCGCUUCUGUGGGUCGACUAUAAGACAUGGGCCCUUCAUGAGAGCUAACUUACGGAGCUUCUAUAUGGGUUCAGUGGGGUUUUGCCCAUGAUGGGCUCUCCGUAGCAUCUUCAACAUGGGAACAGGAAUAGGCGCAGAGUGUGGGCACAAUAUGGGAAGCGUCCAGUAGACUAUGCCCUUACGAGACAGGGCAGUUUUUUUCUUCUAAAACUAGCAUGCUAACUGGCUAACAGCCAACAGACUUGCCUUGCAAACACAGUCAGGAGUGCUGAAACUGAUCAAAGUAAUCUAACGCCUUUAACUGUUGCAUUUUGGCAAUAUAUUUAUAAAUGCAUUAAAAACCUGUACAAACACUACACUAUCACUAUAAAUUGGCAUUAAACUGAUAAUCUGAAAUACCGUGCAAAUGUUUGUCUGAAGCUAACAUCAUGAUAGUGUUUAUGUUUCUUUUUCUGCAAUAAAUAAUAAUAAUAAUAAUAAUAAUAAUAAAAAACUCGUCCUUCUUCCCUCUUCCUUCAUGUGGUCUAUAUGGAGAGGAAGUAUGGUUCUAUGGUGGUGCAGUGGGCUAAAACACAGUAGUGCUCCACAAAACACAGGAUUUCAUCAGAAUUACAGAAAUCAGAGUACACAAUAUUCACUGUCUAGCUCACAUGGGACAAUGAAUUCAAGUCUUCCACUUUCACAAUAAUAAUAUGUAUCAUUGACCUUUUCUCAUUGGUACUUAAAAUACAUUACACAGAAAAGAUGAUAUACGAAUAUGAAAAUAAUAUAUAAAAUCAAAUAUUUUUUUUAUACUUUUUCGCAUACUGUAACACAUUUGUAUGAUAUGAAUUUAGUCAACAAUGCCACUGAAUAGGUUAGAAGACCUACAGAUAGUGCACUCUAAUUGUAAGCAAUCGUACAUUAACAAGUUUAUUCCAAAUGCCAGGGCAUGACUGAUAGUUGAAAGAAAGUUACAUUGAAGAUUUGAUUUCCCACUUUUCCAGAACCUUGGAAAAAGUUCCACAAUUCUCAGAAAUCGUUUGAAAAGACCGUUAUUGGGAGAGUAAUAUAAUUCUGUCUCAUGCCGUGUGUGCUUACCUUAGUCUGCAUACUACAUCUUAUUAAUAUAAGACAUUGCACUCAUUUAAGGGUCUGAAAUCAUUUAAUCAGAAGAGAUGGUUAAGUCUAAUCUUGUUGAUUGGUACGGUUCCAUUUCCUGAGUACAGUUAGUCUGCAGUAAUAAUCUCUUAAAUGAAUGCAGCAUGGCUUUGUGUGUCUUUGACUACCAAGGCACACCUUACUUUGACACUUCUCUAAAAAUGUAGAGAUUUUAAGAGAUGAUGAAGACAAAUAAACAGAAUAUUAUGCCUUAGUGCAGUGGUUGGAUUUCUGAGGACAUCUUUGUGAGUAUUUCAAAAUUUUAAAAGAUGUAAGAAUUUCUCUGCAGAUAUUUUCUGGUAAUAAUAUCUAGUUAUUCUUUAUAAGCUGCCCUUGCAUGUCUUCAAACAACACCUCUCAGUUAAGGCCAUGUUUCAAGAUGUCACUACUGUCAGAGGCUAACGCCAUCUUCGAGGUGAUCAAAACAAAUAAACUCACCAUCAUGUCUUUGUUCAGUCGUUGAAUUUCUGGGAAAGGUGGUGGUGUCCUCCCAUAAGAGCUUCCAUUAGACACCUGACCCUCACAGCAGGCCUAAAUCCCCCUGCAGACACACCUGUGGAGGGCUGUAUAAAAGAUCAGGUGAGAUGGGUCUCACACACCGAGCCCCAGUGAAGGAGCCGUCUACAGCAUCUCCACACACUGAAGCAACAUGGACCUCAGAGCCUCCAUCUCCCUUCUUGUGCUGCUGCUUGGCCUGUCCAAGGCUCUGCCUGACGGAGAUGAAAAUGAGAUUUUCUUUGAGGAGCCUGACAGUGUGGACAUAACUACACAGAUUCUGGCAACCAAUAAUGCUUCCAGUGAGUUUCUAAUGGAAGGAGAUCUUGUUGUGCCAAGAACCAGGAAUGCUCUGGCUUGCUGGAACAACAACUGCUUAUGGAAGAAGUCUUCUAAUGGGAAAGUUGAGGUCCCCUACACAGUCAACUCUCAGUUUUCAUCCGCUGAUCAGAGUAAAAUUCAAAAUGCCAUGGCAACCUUCAACGGUAGAACCUGUAUUCAGUUUGUUGCUCGCUCGACUCAGAGUGACUACAUCAGCAUUGAGAACAGAGAUGGGUGCUUCUCCAGCCUUGGGAGGACAGGAGGCAAACAGGUGGUCUCCCUCCAAAAGAGCGGUUGUGUUUACCACGGCAUCAUCCAGCAUGAACUCAACCAUGCUCUGGGCUUCUACCAUGAGCAAACCAGGAGUGACAGAGACCAGUAUGUGAAAAUCAACUGGAAUUACAUCAACCCAGAAAUGGUUUACAACUUCCAGAAACAAAAGACCAACAACCUGAACACUCCAUAUGACUACUCUUCUGUGAUGCAUUAUGGGAGAACUGCUUUCACAGUCCAGAAUGGAAAGGAGACAAUCACUCCAAUUCCAAACUCAAAUGUUCAAAUUGGACAGAGACAGGGAAUGUCCACCACUGACAUCCUGAGGAUCAACAAACUCUAUGGAUGCUGUGAGUAUGACCUCCUGUAUGAUAUGGUGAAACAUCAUAUAACUUUGAGAUUUCUGAAAUGAUGAGUACUGCAAUCCAAUUCUGACAAUUCUCUCCUCUUCCAAACAGAACCAAACCCAAACUGAUGCUGUCCCAGUCUGGUACCACCACAUGACGUCUUGAUCACAGAACACAAUGUGACAGAUGAAUAUGUAUAUGUCUUGUGAGCAUCACCACUGUCAUAUUGAUAUUACUGGAAAAUAAAAUGACUGAAAAUAACUCAUUGUCUUGUUGUUGCUCUACUAUUUUCAUGCAAUAUGGCAAAAUAAUCUAUUUCCAGAAUCAGAAACAUAUCCUCUCAGUAUCCUUCCUUCUUUAAAAGAACAGCCGCACAACAGUUCACAUUAAGAAAUAUGAGCCAAAAUGUCAACAAGUUAUGGAACUAAGAGAGCAAGCAUGUAUAUGUGGGCCCAGUUCAGAUUUUCU